GAAGCAGAAUGUGCCUACACAUUGUUUGUGGUUGGUGUCUUCUGGCUUACAGAAGCUUUGCCUCUGGCUGUUUCUGCAUUAAUUCCUGCUUUAAUGUUUCCACUGUUUGGAAUAUUGCCUUCAAAAAAGGUGGCAUCUGCUUAUUUUAAAGAUUUUCAUCUGCUCUUGACUGGUAUAAUUUGCCUGGCAACAUCAAUUGAAAAAUGGAAUUUGCACAAGAGAAUUGCCCUGAAAAUGGUGAUGCUGGUGGGUGUUAACCCUGCAUGGCUCACCCUUGGUUUUAUGGUCAGCUGUGCAUUUCUAUCGAUGUGGCUUAGCAACACUUCUACUGCUGCUAUGGUGAUGCCAAUUGUAGAAGCGGUGGCUCAGCAAAUCAUUAAUGCAGAAGCCGAAGUAGAUGCAAUGGAUAUGACAUAUGCAAAUGGAACCAGUAAUCCUGCCUUGGAACUUGACGAAAACAUUAGUGAGUGUGAAACACCUGAUUGGAAAUCCACUAAAGUUGAAGGAUACAGCAAUGGAACUGCUCAAGCUGUGUGUGACAUUGAAAAUGAAAAGGUACUUAAAAUAAUUUAUCCCACUUGUUUUAAAGAUUAGAAUAGCUAUUACAGU